AUGAAUCCCAACGACCGUAGCUACACGCGCGAGCACGAAUGGAUUAUCGUUGAAGACGCCGGCACCCGAAGGGCGCUGGUCGGCAUCACCCACUUCGCCCAGGACCAGCUUGGCGACAUUGUCUACUUCGAGCUGCCCAAGGUCGGCGACACCGUGGCGCAACUGGGCAAGAUGGGUGAGGUGGAAUCGGUCAAGGCCGUUUCCGAUCUUUACUCCCCGGUCAGCGGUGAAGUCAUUGAGAUCAACUCCGCGUUGACCGACCGGCCGGAGUUGACCAACGAAGACCCCUUCGGCGAGGGCUGGCUUGUCCGGGUUACGAUGAGCGACGCGACGGAGCUGGAUUCGCUCCUGUCGGCGGAGGAAUACAACGCCUUUGUAGCCGAGCAGCACUGA